AUGUUUUAUGGAGACGUCUACGACGAUAACUAUUCCAUGAACAAGGUUUUUUCUUAUUUUUUUUUUCUUAUCAUUUUUUUUCAUUUCAAGACUCUGAUCGGGAGCGUUCUUUUGAGUGGAGCAGCGGCAACAGCAGCGUUCUACUUGUACUGGUCCACCUCUGAUCGAACAGGUAUUCUGUUACAAAGUUUCAAGGGAAUAUACCCUAAAUUUUCAGGGUCAAGAAAGCUUCCCGGUCUUUUGAACUUGGGGAAUACAUGCUAUACUAACUCGCUCUUGCAGGCGUUGGCAAGGUUUUUAUUCUUUUAUAAGGAUGAAUGUAAUUGGAAUUUAUAGCUGUCCGUCCCUGGUCGCUUGGCUGACGGACCUCGAUUUGGAAGAAGCCAGGCUGCAGGGUGGUUUUAUCGAUGCUUUGAGAUCUAUUGUUAUAGGUUUGUAGUAAAAAUGUCAUUCUUUCGAUAAAUUAAUUUUAGGCUUAAAUGAGCCGAACGGAAAUGUUUUUAUCCGCUGGGAACAUCGUCACAGCUUUAUCGGCUCAUGGCUGGAAUAUAUCAAUUGGUUUGUUCCGAAUAAUAAGAAUAAAUAAGAAAACAUUUUUAAGGAGUUGA